GAAAAGCUGUGAGGCUGGAAACCCCGGAGUAACGCUCGACCUUGGCCAGACCUGCAGGCUGUGGAGCCGGGGGAGUGCGGGCACAGCACAGCCGGGCCAUGGAGCACGCGGUGGCCCCCUGCGUCCUCUACCCAGGGACGGAGCCCGGGGCUGCGGGGGAGGGCGAGAGCGAGGGCGCCGCGUCCCCGGCGCAGACACCCUGCAGUCUCGGCGCGUCCCUGUGCUUCAGCUCCGGGGAGGAGUCCCCGCCGCAGUCCCUCGCCUCAGCGGCGGAAGGCGCGGCCACCUCCCCGCCCUCCAGCGGUGGCCCGCGGGUGGUGGAGCGGCAGUGGGAGGCCGGCAGCGCGGGCGCCGCGUCCCCGGAGGAGCUCGCGUCCCCCGAGGAGCGCGCGUGCCCGGAAGAGCCCGCGGCGGCGUCCCCCGAACCACGCGUUUGGUUUGAGGACCCCGCGUCCCCCGAGGAGCCCGGAGAGCCCGCGCCCGUGCCCCCGGGGUUCGGGGCGGUGUACGGGGAGCCGGACUUGGUGCUGGAGGUGUCCGGGCGCCGGCUGCGCGCGCACAAGGCAGUGCUGGCGGCGCGCAGCGACUACUUCCGCGCGCGCGCGUCGCGGGACGUGCUGCGGGUGCAGGGAGUGAGCCUGGCGGCGCUGCGGCUGCUCCUGGCCGACGCCUACAGCGGGCGCAUGGCUGGCGUGCGGCCCGACAACGUGGCCGAGGUGGUGGCCGGCGCGCGCCGCCUGCAGCUGCCCGGCGCCGCGCAGCGCGCCACCGACGCCGUGGGGCCGCAGCUGAGCCUGGCCAACUGCUACGAGGUCCUGAGCGCGGCCAAGCGGCAGCGGCUGAACGAGCUGCGCGACGCCGCCUACUGCUUCAUGAGCGACCACUACCUGGAGGUGCUGCGCGAGCCCGCAGUGUUUGGCCGCCUGUCGGGCGCAGAGCGGGACCUGCUGCUGCGCCGCCGCCUGCGCGCCGGCCGCGCCCACCUCUUGGCCGCGGCGCUGGGGCCGGCGGGGGAGCGCGCGGGCAGCCGGCCGCAGAGCCCCUCGGGGGACGCGGACGCGCGCGGGGACGCGGCCGUCUACUGCUUCCACGCGGCGGCCGGAGAGUGGCGCGAGCUGACGCGGCUGCCCGAGGGCGCGCCGGCGCGGGGCUGCGGCCUGUGUGUCCUCUACAACUACCUCUUCGUGGCUGGCGGCGUGGCGCCCGCGGGCCCCGACGGCCGCGCGCGCCCGUCCGACCAGGUCUUCUGCUACAACCCGGCCACAGACAGCUGGAGCUCCGUGAGGCCCCUGCGCCAGGCGCGCUCGCAGCUGCGGCUGCUGGCCCUGGACGGCCACCUCUACGCCGUGGGCGGCGAGUGCCUGCUCAGCGUGGAGCGCUACGACCCGCGCGCUGAUCGCUGGGCCCCCGUCGCGCCGCUGCCCCGGGGCGCCUUCGCCGUGGCGCACGAGGCCACCACCUGCCACGGCGAGAUCUACGUGUCUGGGGGCUCGCUCUUCUACCGCCUGCUCAAGUACGACCCGCGGCGCGACGAGUGGCAGGAGUGCCCGUGCAGCAGCAGCCGCGAGCGCUCGGCCGACAUGGUGGCUCUCGACGGCUUCAUCUACCGUUUCGACCUGAGCGGCAGCCGCGGCGAGGCGCAGGCGGCGGGGCCGGGCGGGGUCAGCGUGUCCCGCUACCACUGCCUGGCCAAGCAGUGGAGCCCGUGCGCCGCGCACUUGCGACCCCCCGGCGCCCCCACGGGCCUGCAGCCCUUCCGCUGUGCCGCCCUGGACGGCGCCAUCUACUGCGUGAGCCGCGCGGGCACCUGGCGCUUCCAGCCCGCCCGGGACGGCGAGGCCGGCGGCGACGCAGGCCAGGGCGGCGGCUUCGAGGCGCUGGGCGCCCCCUUGGACGUCCGGGGUGUGCUCAUCCCGUUCGCCCUCAGCCUACCCGAGAAGUCGCCCCGAGGGGAGCAGGGAGCCGCAUAGGCCGGCGGGGUCGGCGGGCGUCUCCCUCGCAGGGGCCUGCGGGGCCCGGGUCCCAUCGAGCCCACGGAUGGAGGAUGCAGGGAGUCGGGGCCGCUAGCCGUGCUGGUGGUGUGGAUGCUUCGAAGGAGGCCCGAGGACGCUCUCAGGGCCGCUUCCGCUUUGCUUUCCUUUUGCUUCUCUUUGCUUCUGGGGGUCGAUGCCUUGAGACGCAGGUGGUGUGCGGUUGGUUCCCUUGACAGACUGGACACGGGACACAGAAGGCUGUGGGAUCCAAAGGGUCAUCCUCAGGGUACAGUGCGAGGUCCUGAGGCAGCCUGCAGCCGGCCCCGGGGUGUCCCGAACCCCGCAGAGCACUGAGGCUGUGCGCAGAAGCCUGGGACGCAGAAGUAGGUCGCUGCGAACUAUCAGGGGAAGCACGCAGAGAGGGUCAUGCUUUUUAUUUUUGGCUUGAGAUUUAAAAUUAUAACUGAUAAGUAAAGCUCUUUCUAAUUUAGUUGAAAAUUUCGUACCAUGUGCUUGCUUUGGUUGGCUCAACUCCAAAAAUAGUAAUUUAAUAAGCAUUAAAGGUAAAAUCUUUGAUUACCAGUAAGGUUUCUUGUCCAAUAUGCAUUGGAAGUAUUUCUCUCCCCACACCAUUGCUACUCAAACUCACAUGCCUAGAGCAGCUCCGGCGCACUGUUGGACCGACGGGGCUUUCAUAUUUUCAGUUUAAGGGAUGUUAACUGAUGUAGCGAUGAUUUACCAUUAUUUAAAUUUUAAGUCUUUAGUGGCUAAAUGUUACCAAACAGCACAUCAUAAGUAAGAAAAACUUACCGGGGUGCUUGUCUAAAAAGCAAUCUUUGAUAGCCCACUCUAUCCCCAGCCGCUUUCAUAUUCUGGAACAAGAUAAAAUAUUAUUCUUAAAAAACGGGGAAAAUCAUUUUGUUUUGACAGUUCGAUAAAAAAAAAGUGUAGGCACAUUUUGAACCCACUGUUUAUGGUGUUUUAAAUAUGGAUCGUGUAGUUCUGAUGAGGGAGAUUAAUUUUUACAAUCAUUAAGAAAGUGUGGCCGAGUGACAGUGGGCAUAGUAAGGUUUAUAACAAGGAAGUGACAUGCUUAUCACCAUAGAUUAGCAAGUAAACUGCAUGUACUUAAUUGUAUUGAAUUAAAUUCCAAAAUACCCUGAUCGAAUUAACAUGAGGCUCACUGCAUUGACAGGGUAUGAGGAUUAAAAACAAAUCAUUUGGGUCGUUUCUCAUCUGUUUUAACAUUUUACUUUUCAAGUGUGUAUACAGAGGACUUACGAGUUUGAGGAUGAGAUUCAUGCUCACAAAUAGAGGCAAACAUUUGAACUCCGAAUCCAACCCAUUCUCUUACUGUAAGAGGAAAAGUAAAUGAAAGUUACUGGAACGUAACUAGUUGAAAUCAUGCCUACUUUAAUAUUAUUUGUUUGUUAAUCCAGUGAUGGGAACUGCCAUCUCUGUAGAAAUCAGUGGGUAAUUGAAAAAUAGGUUAUGCUUUUUAAAGAGUCUGUCAUUAUGAGAGGUCUCAGUUAAGUGUGUUUAGAAGUGAUCAGCUUGAACCUUAUGCAUGCCUUGGGGACUGGAAUUUAUGAUCUGGGUUAGAGUAUGUUCUGGGGACGUGUCUGCUUGCCCAUGGUUACUCAUGGACUGAGGGGCUAGCUUGGCAACUUGGUUAAUCAUCUUGGGAAAGAAAAACAGACUUGCCUGACUUGAUUUGCCUUUUAUAGGAGUAUACUGGAGAAAUGGUUGUAGAAACAGUAUUUACAGCAAAAGGAAACAAAUAAUGUUCAUUUUCGGCAAUGUACCAUUCACACUGUCCUGCCUUUUCCUCUAGAAUUUUAUUAUUAAUGGUAGAAAUUUUUAUAUGAAAUGGGACCAGGACCAGGCUAAUAUUUUCAGUCCUUAAAUAUCAAACUCAUAUGCUGUUAUCACUGAUUUUACUCGUGAAAUCAUUCCUGUAAUGUUUAUUGUUUGAAAAUGCAAUGUGGAAAUUGGGCUUCCAGAGUAACACUGUCCCCGCAAGAGGAUAUGAGAAGUGGCGGCUGCAGUCACGUGCAGUUCCUGUGGCUUUCCAGCAUUUCAUUGAGUGAAGGAAUGCCCACACUAGACGUAGCACAGCUUCCUGUGGGGCCCCGGCAGCAAAGCCCCAGGUACUCCCUGUCACCUCACAACAAAAUGCACGAAGAAACUUAAAGAAUAAGAGAAAGGAAUUAAUACCAACCAUUAAAGGAUGUCCAGCCAACCUAUUGUGGAAAUAUAUAGAAUAGUGUACACCACAUUUCUAAAUAGUGAUAUCACAUAGAAACACAUACUAGAGGACCUGCCACACCAUAAGCCACGUUUUUGCUUUUGGGGGGCCAGUCCAUGGGGUGUGGAGCCACUAGGGUUUGCACCCAUGAAACAAAGAGAAAAGCGACACCCUCCAAGGCUUUGAUUCUGGGACUGCUGCCGGGAGGGCAGAGGCAUUGCUGAGACUGCCUGGCGCCGGCUGAUGCCCCAGGUAGGAUCUUUUCGAAUUCAAAGUGAUGGUCUAAGUGUGCAUCCAACACUGUGUAGGAAAAAGGUUGGUGCAAAAAUAUUCCUGGUCAUCCACCCGUUAAAAGAGUUAGAUGAGGCUAGUGCCUUGAUAACAGCUAUCCACACUUCUCAUGAAAUUAACCCAUAUGCUGGGGCGUUUCCAAAUGUCUGGCUCAUGAAAUUAACCCAUAUGCCGGGGCCUUUCCAAAUGUCUGAAAAGGCAGUGGUGUCCUUUGGGGAAAAUGUUAUGCAGGGAAGCCUGACCUUUUGCUUCGCUGACAGCAAUCCCUUCUCUAUUGCCAAUCAAGGUUCAUUUGGGAUGCAGAGGAAUGAGCUUGAGCUUCCCUCCUCUUCCUUCAGGUUUUAUUCUUCGUCUUGGGAACAGCCCUCCACUCUGCACUGCUUCCUGCAGCUUUGUAGAGCUGGGUUUGGAACUUCAGGAUUUGGUUUCUGAGUCUGUGGAGGCGCCAACUUCUCCUGUAAGAAAAUGAAUGUUGUGGAAAUCCUUUGGCUACUUAACUAAAACUCGUGACUGUAUCAGUUUGGCUACAAAUAAGAAAUUAAUCAUCUGCUCUGUUUCUGCUAAUUUCUGGUGUCACUUCAGUAAUUCUGGUAGCAACCGUUGAAUCUGUCAGUCACUUCCUGUAAACGAUUUGGAAAUAGGAUGUUUUCAGCCUUUUGUCUUUCUGAAGUCAAGAUAGAUUCAAGACAUAAUCUCUUGUAAGAUCUUAGUAGAGCAAAUGUAAGCAAAAGUGCAUUUUUGUGUUCUUGUUAAUUUUAGAUGCUUUCCUAGCUUACAAAAAGUUUUAUUUUUGGGUUAAAAAUGAAUCAACUUUCUGAUUUUUCCUCUUCUGCAAUGUUAUUAUUCAUAAGAAGAUAACACGAGCUGAAAAUGGAAAUCUGCAAUUGUUUCAGUUGCCUUGAAUUUCUUUCAGUGGCCACAUCGUUUCCACGUUUCCACGUUUUCCACAUCCAGGAGGAAGUCUGGGCUGUGCAGCCUUCAGGCACCCGGCACAGACACUGUGCUGGCAGGUGCUUCAGACACGCCAAGUGAAUGGAUUUGGAUGGAACGCACAUAAAACAGGAGACGGGUUCUCAUGUGAGAUCAAAGCUCCUCCAAAGCCUAUUCAAGCUCUAAGCGAUUCUCAAAUGUUACCAUUUAUUAAAGGUAAACUACACCUGUUGAAGGCCAAGUUCAGGCCAGCUGUUGUGAUCUGCGUAAUGUAUUUAUUAAUGCUUGAGUUUUAAAAUCCUGGGCAUAAAUAGCGCAGAGCCUUGUAUGUCUGUCAGUUCAUGCCGAGAUGAAAUAAAUCAUGCAGAAAGUGCCAGUGCUC